GGUCGGCGCGGCGCCUCGUCCGCCUUAACCGGGAGGCGCGCGCGGCCGCGGCCUGUGGGCUCGCGUCUUCUCCGGGAGCGCGCACGCGCCUCUCCUCUCUCUCUUUUGUCCUCACCUGGCUGAGGCGGGCGGCGUCAUGGAAGAGCAGAAGGAAGCUCUGCAAAGGAUUAUUUCCACACUGGCACACAAAAAUGAUGAAAUCCAAAACUUCAUUGAAACACUAAACCACACAGUGAAAGGUGUACAGGCUAAUUCUUCUAGUGUAAUAAGUGAGCUGGAUGAGGAGUUUGAUGGCUUGUACUCCAUACUAGACGAGAUGAAGGAGAGCAUGACUACCAGUAUCAAACAAGCAGAAGCUCAUAAAACCCAAGAACUACAGAAUCAACUCAGUCAAUGUAGUAAUGCCCUUGAGAACGCUGAAGAAUUGCUAGAGUUUGCUGCACGGUCACUGGACGUAAAGGACACGGAGGACUUUUCAAAGGCUGCCAGACAGAUCAAGGAUAGAGUUACAAUGGCGCCAGCAUUUCGUCUCUCUUUGAAACCCAAAGUGAGUGACAACAUGACACACUUGAUGGUGGACUUCUCUCAAGAAAGGCAAAUGCUCCAAGCUCUAAAGUUCUUGCCAGUUCCCAGAGCUCCAGAGAUCGUUCUAGCAGAUUGCCUUGUAGCGGAUAACUCUAUAACAAUAUCCUGGCAAAUGCCAGAAGAAGACAACAAAAUUGAUCAUUAUGUGCUAGAAUACAGAAAAACCAAUUUUGAUGGACUUCCUCGAGUAAAAGACGAGCGGUGCUGGGAAUCUAUAGACUACGUUAAGGGCACUGAAUACACCUUAUCAGGUCUAAGGUUUGAUUCAAAAUUCAUGAACUUCCGUGUCAGGGCUUGUAACAAGGCUGUGGCAGGAGAAUAUUCUGACCCAGUGACUUUAGAGACCAAAGCUCUUAUUUUCAAUCUGGAUGGUUCCUCAUCUCAUCUUAACUUGAAAGUUGAAGAUUCUUACGUUGAGUGGGAUUCUACGGGAGGCAAAGGCCAAGAAAACAAAAUAAAAGGAAAAGAGAACAAAGGCAGUGGCCAGAUAACCCUCCUGAAGAACAAUACAAGAAGUGGAACUCCAUCUCCAAAACGGGCCUCUGUUAGUUCACGCUCCCCAUUGAUACGAGGCAGCAGAGAUCGGUUUACUGGGGAAUCAUACACAGUGCUGGGCGACACUGCUAUUGAAAGCGGACAGCACUACUGGGAAGUGAAAGCCCAGAAAGACUGUAAAUCCUAUAGUGUGGGAGUGGCAUAUAAAAGUUUGGGGAAAUUCGAUCAACUGGGCAAGACUAGUACAAGCUGGUGUGUCCACAUCAAUAACUGGCUUCAGACUACCUUUGCAGCCAAACACAAUAAUAAGGCAAAGGCAUUAGAUGUCGUAUUUCCAGACAGAAUAGGCGUCUACUGUGACUUUGAUGGAGGUCAGCUUUCAUUCUAUAAUGCAAGCACAAAGCAACUGUUGUAUACCUUCAAAACAAAAUUUACCCAACCGCUGUUACCAGGCUUCAUGGUCUGGUGUGGUGGUCUCACAGUAACAACCGGACUGCAGGUGCCAACUGCUGUAAAAACACUACAGAAGAGCGAAAAUGGAUUGAGUGGUUCAGCUAGUAGCCUAACCAACGUUGCCCAGUGAUUCUUCUGCUAUCGGCUAACUAAUUUUUGGCUGCAGUUAGAAUGAAGAAAAGCCUGCAAGCAGUGGUUUUGUAUUCCUGAUGCUUCUGUACCCUGAGCACUAAUUUUUACUGAAUACUUGAGGCUGAAUGGAAUACCGGCAGUAGCAUACCGUGAAUCUACAGUGUAAUAGGAAAUAGACUGAUUUUUUUUAAAGGAGAGGUAUUGAGGUUGUGGCUACAACUAUGUGAUUCUUUCUAUUAGACUGAACUUGAUUACUUGUCUUAUGGCUGCUUCACCCUUUCAGUAUGAUGUAAGGACAAGUAUGAUCUUAGUCUAAAAUCCUCAUUGCUUUCCUUCUCUUGUAAAUUUCCUAACUGUGCCUCUUAGCCUUGAGGAAAAAGUAGAUGAAAGGGGGGUGCUACACCAAAGCUUUAAAAAUGAGAACCUACUGGAGCUAGUUUGAAUUUAUAGAAUUUGAUAUAAUGGGAAAAGGAAAAAGUUGCGUAUUCUUAGUUUUGAUUGCUGUACUUCAUUCAAGAUAGAGGGUAUACUAUCAGACAUCAUGGCUUACUUUGACAAGGUUUACCUAACGUGUGCAGAUAAUACAUUCUAAACUUAUUUUUGGUGUAGUGUCCACUUGCCACGCAGAAUGCUGUGUGGAAUAGGACAUCUAAUUAUGAAAGAUAACAAUAUCGUGGACUAGUCAGAUUAGGAAAGUUUUGAAGGACUGCCACUUUCCCCUUUUAAAAUCUCUAGGGUGUUCUACAAUUAGAGAGUAAAGUAACUUCUUUAUCCAGUCUCUCCAGUGGGGAUAAGUCUCUUUAAUGUACCUGAAUGGACGGAGAUCAUGAUGAAUUUAAGACUAUACUCUUUUUUGGCAUGUACUUGUACGCUGAAUCUCUUUGCAUUUUUGUAGUAUGUGUCCUGAAAAUGGUGCCUAAUUGAAUUGGAGUGUAUAAUGGAUCAGCUCGUAGAUGCAUAAAAUACAUUAAAUUGAGACCGCAACGUAUCAUGCAUUGAAACCUAUAAACCCUGCGUGAUCUUGUGGAUUGUUCUGUCCCAUUUUUUUAAUCGCACCUUCAUAAUUCCCUUCUUACUUCCUUGGUGUCAGAAGGGAUUACGAAGGCCAUGCAUUGAAAGUUAAUGCUCCGCGCUAGCGUGCUUCCUUCCCAGUGCUUCAGCUUGGCUCCUAGUGACUUCAUCAGUAUGUAUGCAUUUGAUUUUUUUUAAAACAUAGGUUUUCUGUGAAUUUGUUGACUGACUUGAACAUUUUACACAAGUAUACAAAGCAAACUAUUUUUGUAACUGUUUUUGAGAAAUUAAUACAUUUUGCCCUUCAUAGAAAAGUUAAACUACAAUUUGGACGUCUAUUUAAAAAUAUGUACUGUUCAGCAAAAGUCGAUAUACAGGCUUUCAUUUUUUCAUGAUUUUCCUCUUGCAAAAGAUUUCCCUGACAACAGUGAGGACUUACGUCAACAGAAUUCAAGCUAUUUGUCCCUUUAAACGCCUAAUUUAAAUAUGGAUUCUAGCAAAGAACCAAUAAGGUCCCACUUCAUACUGCAAGAGUCCUACACUUUAGCGAUACCACUCUGUUUGUGGCACAACCUCUUUGCACACUUGUGAGAAAAAUGAGGAUGUUUUGAAUAGCUGUUUUUGUUUCAUGCCUGUUAAAUAAAUGCCAGCUACUAUUUGGGAGGGAGGACUGUAGCACUUCUGAAGUUUUACUGGUGCAAUCCUAUGGAGAGUUACUCCAGUCUAAGCCUAUUGAAGUCAAUGGGCUUAGACUGGAGUAACUCUCCAUAGGAUUGCACUGUAAAUAUUGUAAAUAAGCUCCUAAUUAAUCUGUAUCCAACUACUCCUAAAACUGGAAUAACCAUUUAGGUAUAAAGUACUUGCUUUAUUUUCCCCUUUACUACUAUAAACGGUUAAUAUACGCACUGCUGGCUUAACAACACAGCUGCAUAAGGAAAGUCUACAAGCUACCAAGUGUGGCUUUCAAACCUGAAUAGACUUCAUAUUUCAGAAUCGAUUACAUAUGCAACUUCCAAUUAUGCAGACUUUUUGUGAACUUUUUUCACAACUUGGCUGAUUUGCAACUGUUAGUCUAGAUGCCCUGUUAUGAAAGCAUAAAUUAAGAGAAGCACUAAUUAAGAGAAGCUUUUUAUCAUUAUAGGAAGGGUCAUUACUGUGAAAUAGCCCGGGGCACAGUGCUUGGUUCACUUGCUGCUUAACAGGGUAGUCCCUUAUUCGAGGAAAUGCCUUAAGCACUUUAGAUAUUUUUUUUCUUAUAUCUUUGAGCUAACUAUCCUCAGUUGGUUAGUCCUGUGGCAAGCAUGCAGAUAUCUAGUGCAAUUGAGCAAUGCGUUUACUCAACUGGAAUGCUUUUUGUUGGUUCUUCAGGUGGAGACAUGUUAUGUAAUCUAACAAACAAGGUGUAGUGUUUCCCCAGUGUGUACAUAAUUUUGUUGACUUGCCCAUUGUAAAAUUUAAAAUAUUUUUGUAUUUGUAGCUAAUGAAGACUUCUGUGUAUAUUUGCGGGGUGGGGAGGCUGACAACUAAAUGUGUGUAUUUAGUUUGCAGAAAUCAUGGAAUUUUCACUUAGUGUAACACAAUUAUGUAACUUUUAAUACAGUGGCAAACUGAAUAUUUAGUUAUGUUUAAAUUCAGCAUAAUGUGACCUUUCCGGAAACUGAAAGAGCAGUUUAAAAGCCAAGCUAUGCCACACAAACAAUAGCAUGAAAGACCUCAAGACUUUUUUUAUGUUGGCAGAGGCUGAAAAUCCAGAUUAUUUCAGAGUAAUCGAGCUAUUCUGUUCUCUGAUAGCUACAGGAAUGUCCUUUACAUUAUUAAAUAUAGGAUUAUCAUUGUUUCAUAUGUGUCCUGUCUGCUAGGACUGGGUUCUGUAUGGGGGGUAUAAAACAGCCACUGCCUGCUUUUGAGUCAAGCCCAUAAUCUGGUUAACAUCUGGCACUAAUUAUGUUAUUUGAUGUGGUAUUUUAGCUGGACUGUUCGGUGUGAUGGGCACACUUAACUGACCUAAAUUUCGUUCUCUUUUUCCUUGGCAUUGAAAUGAAGUGUUCUGGAACAUCUGUUCCUCAGUUCUGUACAAUGGGCAUUUUCUACAUCUCUUCAUCAUAAACCCGACCCUUCAGUUUUCACCACCAGUACGGUUCCAUUUGUUUAGUUCUCAGCACCCAUAAGCACUUCUGCAUACGUGCCUUUAAAGCAAACGGUUCCAUAUCAUUCCUCUUCUCACGGCAUAGAUGUUGAAAGACUAGAAUGCGUAGUAAUACGUUCUCACACUGAUCGUAAUCAAGGAAAUGGCACAUUGGCAGUACCUCAGGUAUUCAGUCACCCGGUUGUUCAUUCUUUAUCCUUGUCAAGAAUCCGAAGACUACAAUCCAAUCUGCCAUAGCAACAUUGUACCACUGGGGUGCCUUAGAGCAGUAUUUUUUAUUUGCCGUGUCUCUAAUUCAAACAUGUCUCUCAGAGGUUUUGUAUUAAAUAAACAUUUCAAAAAUUA